AUGCCGAAGAAAUCCAAGGUUGGAAAGAACCGAAAGGAUAAAUUCUACUCUAUCGCGAAAGAAGUUGGAUACAGAGCUCGAUCCGCUUUCAAGCUUGUCCAGCUGAAUCGAAAAUUCCAGUUCUUGCAGUCUUCUCGUGUUCUUAUUGAUUUAUGUGCUGCUCCAGGUGGUUGGUGCCAGGUGGCGAAGCAACACAUGCCUGUCGAAUCGAAAAUCAUUGGUGUCGAUUUAGUUCCAAUCAAGCCAAUCUCUGGUGUUAUCACGAUCCAGGAAGAUAUUACGACAGACACAUGCAAAUCAAAAAUCAGACAGCACUUGAGAGAUUGGAAAGCUGAUGUUGUUCUCAACGACGGUGCCCCCAACGUUGGUAAAAAUUGGCACAUCGAUUCCUUCUCUCAGGCUGAGUUGUCCCUCUGGGCCUGCAAGUUGGCUGCAUUCUUCCUCCGCCCGGGCGGUUGGUUCAUCACCAAGGUCUUCCGAUCUAAUGAUUACAAUGCACUCGUCUGGGUUCUGAAGCAGCUUUUCAAAAAAGUCCACGCGACAAAGCCCUCUGCUUCUCGUAACGAGUCCGCCGAAAUCUUCGUGGUCUGCCAAGGAUAUUUGGCUCCGCAGAAAAUUGACCCGAAAUUCUUCGACAUCAAGCACGCGCUCACCCAAAUCGAGUCUGAUCAGAAAAAAGUGGCUUUCAGAGACUUCGAAAAGAUCAAGAAGAGGAAGGCCAUCGGUUACGAAGACAAUAACGGUCUCCUUUUCAAGAAGGCUUCUUCACAGGCGUUUUUGGAAGCGGAUGAGCCUCUAGAAUUCCUUGCAGCCAUCAAUAAAAUUGAACUCGAGCCAGCACAUGAAAACAACGCGGUUAUUGCCAAGGAUAAGAAGGUUGACAUGACCGAGCUGAAAAUUAACAUGCAAGAUAUCAAAGUUCUGAAUGUGCGCGAGAUCAAAGAACUUCUGAAGUGGCGCACAAAGUUACGCACGGCGCUUGGCAUGGAAGAUGAAGAAAUGGAAGAGGGCGAUUCCGAGGAAGAAGAACUUGAUUCUGAGGAAGAAGAAGAAAAGAAGAUGGAGGAAGAAGCUCUCGAAGUCGCCAAGGGCGAGUUGAAAGACCUCAGACGAAAGAAAAAGAAGAAAUUCAAAGGACUCCGUCGUCUCCGCGAUUUGCUUUCUAAUGCUGUCCAUCUCGACGAAGCAGAAGAUCAAGAAGUGUUCAAGCUUGUGACACUCAACAAAAAUGUCAUCGACCAAGAUGAUGAAGAGUACGCACAAAUGGCCGACAAGGUCGCCGAUGCUGAUGAGCUCGAAAGUGGAGACGAAGAUGAUCUUCCUGCUAAUUUCAACUUCAAGAAAACUCUCGUCAACCUUGAUGAAGGGGCUGAUGCUGAUCAGGAAGACAAUGAGCUAAUUGAGCAUCUGGAAGACAAAAAUGUUAAACAGAAGAAACAAUCUGCAGCGUGGUUUGGCCAGAGUGAAUGGUUCUCUGGUCUUGGUGAUGACGAGGACUUGGAGAAGGCGAAUCUGAAGGCGAUGAUGAAGGAGACUGAUAAACCGGAAAAAAAAGCCAAGGCGAAAAGCGCGGACGCGAUGGAAGUUGAUGAAAGCACGGCUCAAAGUAGUAGCUUACAGGAGUUAUCAGACGAAGACGAGGACGAUUACUCCUCGAGUGAUGACUCAGACGAUAGCGAUGUGGAAUUGGCUAAAUCUUUGGAACUCAAAGAAUUGGAAGACCGAAUCGGUGCUUUCCGGGAGAAACGCGAUGACAAAGAGUUCAAAAAGAAGCAAAAGGAAGAAAAUCGAAAGCGAGAGCAGUUCCCGCUCAAUCCGAAAGAACUUGCCCUCGCUACUGAAAUGGUAACAUCGAAGAAACGAAAGAGAGAUCUUGAAGAGAUGAUGUACGACAAGUUCAGCUUCAACGACCCUGAAGGCCUUCCAGACUGGUUCACCGUCGAUGAAAAGCGCCACAGGAAGCGACGUUUGCCGGAGGUAGAUGGAAAGCUUGUCUCUUGGUACGAGGAGAAGCAAAAGGCAGCCAAUGCUCGCAAUAUCAAAAAGGUUGCUGAAGCGAAAGCUCGAAAGAAAAACCGUGAAUUGAAGCGUCUGGAGAAGGUCAAGAGGCAAGCAGAAGGUGUUCUCGCACAAGAAGAUGUCUCCUCGAGGGAGAAACAGGCUCAGAUCAAGAGGAUAUACGGAAAGGCCUCCCGCGAAAAUAAAAAGGAACACAUUACUUAUGUUCCUAUCAAGACUGGCGCCGGCAAGAAAGUAUCAAGACCAGCUGGCGUGAAAGGAAAAUUCAAGGUUGUGGACAGUAGAAUGAAGACUGAUAUGCGAGGACAGAAGGCAUCAGAAAGAAGAGCAGGAAAGAGACCGACUGGUGGAAGAGGUCUUGCUAACAAGAAAGGACAUCGAUCUGGACGUCGUUAA